AUGAACGCUCAAUCUCUCCUCCGCGCCAGAAUGGCGACGCAACACAUCGCUCGUCGCGGUUUCUCCACCACUCGACCACGCUUCGACAGUCCUUUCCACUAUCCUGAAGGCCCGAGAUCAAACUUGCCCUUCAACCCAAAGACGAGAUUCUUCUGGUUGCGAUACUGGUUAUUUAUGGGCACUGGAUUCUUCAUUCCCUUCGGAAUGGCUCCAUAUCGUGACAUCGAGCUGAAGUCUGACCUGCCGUUGACAGCAACAGCAUGGGACACGCAAGGGAACAAUUCGAAUAGUCUAAUUUGUGCCUUUGGCCCAACUCCCACACAGCCCAUCAUCGAGCUCAAGAGGGGAUGGGCGAACGAUUCAACUGGCGAACGACUCGUCAGCAUCACUUCCUGGGAUGCACCAUGUCCGUUACCGGAAUUGGAGUGCGAUGAAAUUCUUCUUCUUCAACAUUUUCCAGAUGUCGCCACAACUUGUCUAGUGUUGGCAGGUGGGGAUGUGGUGGUCGUACGCGAGAAUCCUUCUUCAGACCAAGAAAGGAUCGAAAUCGUUGGAAGUGUCGAUGCCGGAAUAUGUGCCGCCGCUUGGGCCCCGGAUGAAGAGAUACUUGCCAUCGUCACACGGGCUGAUACGCUCGUCCUGAUGAGCAGAAAUUUCGAGCCACUCAACGAGGCCACACUUUCAGCGGAAGAUCUGAAAGUAUCCAAACAAGUGUCGGUUGGCUGGGGUCAAAGAGAAACCCAAUUCCAAGGUAGACGUGCUAGGGCUAUGCGAGACCCCACUGUGCCGGAGACCAUUGAUGAAGGAAAGCCCGGUGCCUACGAGGAUGGUCAGGUUACUGUCAGCUGGCGUGGAGAUGGCCAGUAUGUCGCAAUAAAUAGUGUGGUUCCGGGCCAUCGUCGGGUGAUCAGGGUCUUUUCGCGCGAUGGCGUCCUCGACAGUGCGAGUGAGCCCGUGGACGGUCUAGAGUCUGCACUGAGCUGGCGACCAUCCGGCAACCUCAUUGCUGGUAUCCAAAGAUCGGAAGAAAAUCUCCAGGUGAUAUUCUUCGAGAGAAACGGGCUUCGACAUGGCCAAUUCGAUGUCAGAACGACCAAAAAAGAGAUGGCAGACUGGGCUUCCGCCGUUUCGAUGUCCUGGAGUACAGAUUCGACGGUGCUGGCCCUCGCUUUCAAGGAUAGGAUACAAUUCUGGACGACAGGCAACUACCACUAUUACCUCAAACAAGAGUUCCUGCUCACCGCGCCAUUGAUAAGAACGUCCGUAAGGUGGCAUUCAGCGUCGGAACGAUCGCGCAUGACAAUUGGAACGUCUGAACACCUGCUGGACCUUACGUUUCAGCCCAGGGUAGCGCGAGGAAGCACCAUCCCUCCGCAUGACACAGGUGUCGUUGCAGUAAUUGACGGAAAGACCCUGAAACUGACGCCUUUCAAGCAAGCUGGCGUCCCACCUCCUAUGUCUUUCUGCGACGUUUCCUUCGACUGGAAUAUUACGGACUGCGCGAUCAGCCAGGACGGUCAAAGAAUCGCUGUGCUGACGACGGAUACCGUCGAGUUAUGUCAGUGGUCUACACGAACAAAUAGUGGUGGUAAUGUCAAGUUUACCACUGCCAUACAGCACCAUUCUGUUCCUCUCCCACCAUGUGAGGACCUGUCCAAGAGUUUACGAUAUACCCAAGUGGUCGAGAGAGACAAUGAAGUCUUCAUCCUUGCACCAGCGCAAAAGGGAGGAGGCGCUCGUUGCCAAAAGCUUUCUUGGUCUCAAAGUCCCUCAGUCGGGGAUUUCGAAGAGCUUCCUGUACCUCAUGCAAGUGACAACCUACUUGUCGAUACCCUCUUUGAGUAUGUUGCUUGCACGGAUCCGGGACAGAGGGCUACAGUCAUGUUACCGUGUUAUUCCGAAGACGAACCCAUGAGCCUGCGUGGCCGCUCUCCAGACAGCACUAUGUUCACCUUACCGAACAUACAAGCGACCAUUCCCAAUGGCUUCGUCCAUCUCACGACCGUCUCGAGCAUGCAAGUCCCGGGCGAUACCCCUGAAGUGGAUGAACGAUGCCGCAACGUAGAACGGGGAGCGAAGAUCGUCACAGUAAUUCCAUCAAUCUAUGCUGUUAUACUCCAAAUGCCACGGGGCAACAUCGAGACGAUUUAUCCACGAAUACUCGUCCUGUCCGGCAUCCGUCAUCACCUCAAACAGCAAGACUACCUCUCCGCCUUCCUGGCUAGCCAGACGCACCAAGUCGAUAUGAAUCUUCUCCACGACUACCAUUCGGAAACUUUCCUAGCGAACGUGCCCAAGUUCAUCGACCAACUGCGAAAGCCCAGCCGGAUCGACGAGUUUCUCUCAAAGCUGAAAGAUGAAGAUGUAACCCAAACCCUCUACCGCGAUACUCUGAACGUCCAACCUCAUUCAGAAGCAAAGACCGAACCACUUAAGCCCGGCAGCAAAGUGAACAAGAUCGCCGACGCAUUUCUCGCCGCCCUCUCAAGCAGACCCUCCACAUAUUUUCAGAACAUCAUCACCGCACACGUCUCCAAGCGGCCGCCGGACCUAAACCCAGCACUAUCGCUGGUGUCUUCGCUCCUCCAAUCCUCAGAAGAAGAAGCCGACAUGGCAGUAUCGCACCUAUGCUUCCUCACCGAUGCCAACCGGCUCUUCGACGCCGCGCUAGCGCUCUACGACCUCGAGCUCACUUUACUCGUCGCACAAAACGCUCAGCGAGAUCCGCGAGAAUACAUGCCCUUCCUGCAGUCCUUGCAAGAUCUGCCUGUUCUGCGAAGACGGUACACAAUCGACAACCACCUCAAAAAGUACGGCAGGGCACUUGUAUCCCUGCAUGCCCUCGAAGCCCACGACGAAGUCCAAAGCUACACAGUCAAGCACUCCCUGUACACCACAGCGAUCGAUCUCUACAAAUACGACAAACCCCACCUCGACACCAUAACCAGACUGUACGCCGAACACAUAUCAACCCAGUCUCAGCACGCCGCGGCCGCCACGUUGUUCGAGUCUCUUGAGGACUACGCACAAGCAUACCCAUCAUACGCACUAGCCCACAAAUGGCGCGAAGCAUUAACAUGCGCGAGUCUCGUGCCCUUGGACCAAGACCGCCUGCUCAACCUAGCAACAUCCCUAGCAACCAGCUGCACCGACGAAUCGCGCGACUACCGCUCCGCCGCGACCAUCCAUAUCGACUAUCUCAACGACAUUCCCGCCGCAGCCCGAUUGCUUUGCAAGGGCUCAUACUUCGCCGAGGCCUCGCGCAUCUUGGCCAUGAAAGGGUUGGCAGGGGAAAUGCCACUGAUCAUCGACUCCGGCUUGACCGAGAAAUUCGGCGAGAUUUUAGAGCUGGUCGCAGACUGCAAGACACAGCUGGCCUCUCAACUCCCGCGCAUUGCCGAGCUGCGCAAAAAGAAAGAGGAAGAUCCACUUGCGUUCUAUGGCGGUGAUGCUAGCAUUGCGGAUGCAGGCGUGGAUAUCCCGGAUAAUAUCUCGCUGGCCGCCACAGACGCCAGCACAAUCGGUGGACAAAGUCUCUUUACACGCUACGGCUCGAACGCAAGUAAAUUUGGUGGGACUGUCGCAUCGAAUGUAUCGCGCAAGACGUCGAAGACUAAGCGCCGAGAGGAACGAAAACGAGCACGUGGUAAGAAAGGAAGUGUGUACGAGGAAGAGUAUCUUGUGGCGAGCGUGGGCAGACUUAUCGACAGAGUCAACGGUGUGCACGACGAAGUCAAACGAUUGACCAGCGGACUGCUGAGACGCGGCAUGCGGGAUCAGGCUGCUAAAGUCGAUGAAGUCCUCAAGGACAUAUGCGAGCAGUGCGCGCAGGCUAGAGUUGAGGUCUGGCAGAUUCCGCAAGAGCAGAAGGAGGCUGAGGGCAUGUAUGAAGUAAAUGGAGAGGGUCGACCACCUGGAGCAGAUGGUGUGUUCUGGGAUAGUCAGCAGGAGACCCAGAAGCAGGCUGCGCCAGAAGUCAAAACGUGGACAUCGAGCGAGCUGGUAACAUCGUGA